AUUAAUGUCCUCUCAAUUGUGUUUUUUGCUUAUUGGAGAAAUCCCAAAUUCGUUUGGCUAAGAAAAAGUUGUAAAAUGUAAUUUGUUUUUUUGUAAUUUUUCUAAUUUGAAUGCGAAACAAUUCGAUUGUUAGUUGUUUUAAGUGCAAAUAAAUUACGUGAAAACGGUGCUUGAAACAGGUCUUUUUGGUUGCAAGCAACUUUAGCAGAGUCGGAAAGGGUUUGGUAAUUUUGUAUGCUGUCAAGAAAAAGGAUGCAAAAAAAGUAGAAAAAAAAAUAACAAAAAACGUUUUUAAAGAAUUUGUUAAUGAGUGAAAGUAUGUGUUGAAUUAAAUUUCAAAUAAAAAAAUUUAAAGAAUUUGUACAGAAAAAAUAUAUAUUAUAAAAAUUAGAGGUGUUAUUAGACACCACAACAAUUUUGAGAGAACUUUAUUUCCUGUUGUCCAAACAGUGCCAUCAAUCUGUACAUUAAGGACAUACAACGUUGAGUUUGGCAAAAAAAAGCCAGUAACAACAAUAAACGAAACGUCUGCAAAAGGAGGUAUGUUGCACACAUCACAUUUAAGGAAUUUUGCGGUAUUUUUCAUUUCUGGAUUGUCGGCCGUUCUUUAAUCCUACAAGACCAACAAUGAACUUUCAUCUGGCAAAUUAAAGAUAUUAAACUUGGUUACGUUUCCAUUAGUAAAAUAAUCAUGAAGUAACUUUUGGAAUUUAUUAGCCUGCAAUUUUUUGUGCUAACCUACCCUGGUCUUUUAUUUCGGUGUCUGUCAAACAACCAAACCAUCACUGCUGCUAACGACAACCUCAACGUGCAACCAAAACAUUGGCGUUAAAGUCCUCUACGACUUAAGAUAUCUUUUUUAUUUUUUUACCACGAACCAAAAAGAAAAAAAGUAUUAAAAUUAUUUUUAGGAUUUUACAUUUACGACAAGUUUACAACAAAUUUAGUUGCUUAGAGCGUUUUGCACAAUCCAAAACGAAAGACAAAACAAAAACGCAGAACACGAAAAAGUCUUCUCUUGAUGGUGGCCAAAUUAAAUUCGCGUUUAGCGACGACAUUUAGCGACGCCACAGAAUUAGACAACAACUGUCACAACAGCCAUAGCUGCGACUGCAUCAGCAGUAGCAGAACGAGGACGAGGACAAGGAAGUUGUCGAUGAUGGCAUCGACAACAACACAAACAAUGACGUCAGCGACAUCGCCAUAUUCAUCAUCAUCGCCAUCCUCAGCAGCAGCCGCACCAUCAUCAAGGACAACGCGACGCUGGUGCAACAUAACAUCAACAACAACACAUCCUUUAGUGCUAUACAGUUUUGUGCUGCUAUUGGUGCUGCAUCCUGUAAUUUCAAACGCUGAAAGAGAUUUUAAUUUUAAUGAUUCACAGAUUCCUUUAAUCGAACCCAAAGAUGAACCCACAUUAAUUGAAGGUCAUCACCAUCAUCACGCCAACGCCGCCAGCUCACAUCAUAAUCAUCAUCAACACAAAUCUAUGUCAUCAUCAUCGUCGUCGUCGUCAUCGUCACAUCAUCACCAUCAACACCAGGACCCCUAUGCUGUGGAAUUGUCACACUGUCGUUAUGGCGAUAAUGAGCUGGUCUUGUCGCUCGUGCUGCAGAAUUAUAAUUGGCAUGACCUGAACGAGAGCCGCCGCUCUAAAGUUUUGGACAAACUAUCCAAAUUCUUUGCCAUACCAAAGGAAUUUAUCACAAUGGAAAGUGUCACCAAACAUGAUCUAUUCGAAAUGCAAAAGGAAUCUGUGAAGAAGGGAAACAAUAAGUGCCAUACUAAUAAUAAUCGCAAACUGGGACGUGUUGAUUUUAUCAUUGGCUGCCGUUCCACCUACUUUACCAUAACCGAACCGAUUGUCAAGCAAAUUGAACAACAAUUUAAAGAGGGAGCUCUCGAUAAUAUUACCGGUGAGAAAUUCGGUUGGUGGCUCAUCUGGCGUAAACAUUACAAAAAUGCCACUCGGAAACGUCGUCAAGUCGAAGGUUCCGGUGACGCUGAGGAUGAUGAUGAAUAUGAGGACUACGACUAUGAUGGAGAUGAUACAAUUGAUGAAACUCAGCACAAUGCUGUGGACAGCUCUUCCUCCACGACCACCACAAGUCAAAACAGCUAUGCUGCCAACGAUAACAACAACAACAAUAAGGUGGAAGAAGAUGAAGACGAUGAGCCGGAAUUAACAUCGAACACAUUAGAAGUGGCUGGAACAUCGAAUCGUGAUGACAUCACAGCCCUUAAACAGACCGACUCCGAAACCACGGAUAAUAACAUUAACGAAAAUAAAGAAAUGAAAAAAAUCACCAUCGAUGAUGAGGAGAUUGAUGAAAGUGUUUCCAAACUGGAAUCGGUCAUAACGAAGACCAUUGAGAAUACCAAACACAUUGAAGAUAUACCCGAAAUUGUGGUCGAGCAACCGGAAGAUGUGCUGCUCAAACAGGUGUUGCAACCCGAAUCAGAAAAGUCGGAAAAUAUUGAAUUGAAUAACAUUUAUGAAAAUCCCCGGGAGGAAGAUAAUGAAUUCAGUGUGGCUGAAGUCAUGGGUUCCCUAACACCUCAAACAUCGACCAAUGUGUAUGGAAAUCAGGAAGAAGGUGUGACCAGCCCACGUUCACCCACCUCAAGCAUCAGCAACACCAACAACAAUCACAAUCAUGACAAUCAAGCUGAAAAUAAUUUAGAUCUAACACAUCAUCGCCAUAAUCAUCAUCAGCAAAAUGCUGAACAUCAUCAACACAAUCAUGGUGGCGGUGAACUCACCUCCACCACAUCGUUAACCACCACCCUAAUGACACCGCCGCCGCCCGUUAUUCUAUUCGAUUCAACAACCCAGACAAUCACAAUAGCCUCGAACGAUAUUCCACCACCUAAUGACACUUCCGCCUUCUCCUCCUCAUCAUCAUCGGCUGCAACAACCACCGGUGGUAGUACAACAACGAAUCCAACAACCACAACAAUAGGCAAUAUAUCCGUUAAACAGCCGAAUAAGAGCAACAAAAUGAUUAAAGUCGAUGUCAAUAAAUACGAUGACGACGAUCUGGAUGACGACGAAGACGACGAGGAUAGCGACGAUGAAGAUGAGGACAUCGACAUCAAUGAAGAUGUUGCCGAAGAACUGGCCAAACAUUUUGGUUUGAUGGAACAAUUUAAUAGCUUAACGGCAAAUAAAUCACGUCAACAUGUCUCACAUAUGGGUCACCAUCUGGCUGCCGAAUUGGAUCACUCCAGGGGAGCGGUGACCACACAAACUGUAUCUUCGUAUGCCGGCGAUUAUGAAAAUAAGGAUAAUAGACAACAAUUUACAUUGCAUCCUUACUACAACAGUAAUUUACUAACAACAACAACACCUCCAUCGCCAACAACAACAUUAAGUACACCAACAACAACAACUACAAUCACCAUCAAACCCAUCUUCAUUAGCACGACCACCACAACACCAUCUACCGACACUAACGAACAACGCCAUGAGUUGGAAAAUAACAGUAACAACGUCGUCGUCUUUACUGGCAAAAAGGAUGUUUAUUAUGAUACCACUUUGAAACCGGAGGAGGAACAGGAGUUGAGCUCAAGUAAAUCGGCCUCUUCAACAACACCCGCUGAAGAUUCAAUUUUCUUUGCCUCCUCGACAAAUCCACCCAGUCAAACGACCACACAAACGUCAUCUUCACCAUCACUCUCAACUACCCCAGAAUUGCCCUCAACCACAUCGGCUAUCCCUGAGGAUAUUGAACCCAUAGUCGAGAACACACCGCCCAUGAUUAAAUCACGUCUCCAAAAAUUGGCUGUCACUUCGGGCAAAUCCUUCAAAUUUGCCAUUCCCGAAGAUACCUUCUAUGAUGCCGAGGAUAUGACCAAUUUACGUUUGGAAUUAACCGAUAAAGAGGGCCGGGAGCUGAAAUCGAAUUCUUGGUUACAAUUCAAUGCCGAAACAAAGGAGGUUUAUGGAUUACCUUUGGAUGAUUCGGUAUCGAAAUGGCAAUAUCGUCUCACAGCCACCGACUCCGGUAAUGAAUCAGUUGUGGAGACUUUUGAAAUUUCCGUGCAACAACAUCGUGGUGUUAGGACUGUCAAUCAUGAGGUCAAUAUUGCCGUCAAAAUAAACGAAAAGAACAUGCACUACAUUGACUGGCAAAUGAAACUCAUCAAAGCAAUUGCCACAACCCUGGGUGAUGAAAACACCAGCUCUAUUGUAGUGCGUGAAAUUCGUGCCAAUUCCCAGGAUCCCUCCAUUGCCACAUUGGUGUAUUUGAAUGAAACCCUACCGACCAGUGAAUGUCCCGAAACAGAAUUGAAUAAUUUGGUGAAACGCUUGGAUGCCAAUCGCCUUAGUGAUUUGGUAUAUCCUACAUUGGGUAUAAAAUCGAUUACAGGCCAAUUGAUUGGUCCCUGCCAGAAAUCCGUAGCCAAGGCCAAGGCACCCACAAUUAGCGUAAAGAACUCACCACCAGUACCACGUAACCAGGUGGAUCGUGUUGUGGCCACAGCCGGUCAUUUGUUGGUCUACAAAGUGCCCAGUGAUACAUUCUUUGAUGAUGGUAAAAUUACACUUAGCCUUAAGACCAAGGAUCACAAAGAGCUCAGUCCCACACAUUGGCUGCAAUUCGAUUCGAAAAAUGAGGAAUUCUAUGGCAUACCCAAGGCGGCUGAUGUUGGUUCCGAAGAGUACAUGUUGGAGGCUGAGGACACAGCUGGCUUAACGGCCACCGAUGCUUUGGUUGUUCUGGUCAAUCCCGCUCCCAAAAAGGAAUUCAGUGUCUACUACAAGGCAUUCUUGGGUGUUAAACACGAAAAUUUCCAUGCCGAUUUGCAGCGUAAAUUUGUUGAGCGUAUUGCCCAAUUGUUCGGUGAUGCCUCGGCGCAAAAUAUUCAAAUUCGUUCAGUGAAUCCAAUACAUGACACCGACAGUACAGCGAUAAGUUUCUACAAUACCACGUUGUACAGGUCACACAAUCGUUGUCCCGAAGAAGAAAUCGAAUCGGUGCGCAGUGUCUAUCAACAGGAUGGUGCUAUGCGGGAUCGUGUGAGAAAGAUAUUGGGAUCAGAGUUGAAUAUUACAAAUAUUCAAAUAUAUCCUUUGGCUUGUAAUGAUCAAACAAAUGUCAUCCAUCGUGAGUAUGUGCCCACAAAGACCGAUGAACCAUUGCUGAAGUCAACGUUCUCCGAUGAUUAUCUCUACACCAUUAUCCUGCCAGCAAUCAUUAUUGUUACAAUGAUUCUAAUAGCAUCGAUUAUUGCCUGUUGUCUGCAUCGCAGAAGACGCAAGAGCGGUAAAAUGGAAUUGGGUGACGAAGAAGAACGUAAAUCCUUCCGUACCAAAGGUAUACCUGUCAUCUUCCAGGAUGAACUCGAUGAGAAACCUGAAAUUGGUAACAAGAGUCCUAUUAUCUUAAAGAAUGAAAAGCCGCCAUUAUUACCACCCUCCUACAAUACCUCAAAUAUGAAUGGUGAUAAUGAUUGUGAUGAAUAUGUGCCACCGCCAGCUGUUGUGGUGGGUGGUCGCGAGGCCAGAGGGAAAUCACCGGCAACACCAUCAUAUCGUAAACCCCCACCAUAUGUGUCACCAUAAAUCCCCGAGUCCACAAACUGAGAGUAGAGAGUCAAGGACGAAAACUCUAAGGGAAGCUGAUAAUAAUGAUAAGAGAUAGAAACUGAAUGUCCUUUUGUUACAAAAUUAAAAAAAAAAAACACACACACAAGAAAACACAACAGCAAAUAACAACAAAAUCAAAUAUGAUAUAAGUAAACUAUUGUAAGCCCAAUUUAAUAUAGGUAAGCGAAAGAAACCAACUAUGCAAAUAAAUGUGUAAUAGAAAUUCUACAAAAAAGGCAACAACAAACAAACCAACCAACCAAGCAGCAACAAACAAUAAAAAAAUACUUAAUAAUGAAAAUUCGCCCUCAAACACAUUUAUACACCUAAAAAACAUUGAAAAAAUUAUACAUACUUACAUACAUAUUUAUGGAAUUAAGUGUCAAAAAUCAGUUAUAUACAUACAUACAUAUAUGAAGAAAAAGAAGAUAAACGGAACAAUAAUAACUUAUUUAAUAUGAACUAAAAAAGGAAAAAAAAGUCAAGAAAUGAUGAAGAUAAGUUAAACGAUAUUUGAUGCUAAAUGAAAAAAAAAUCAUUGAAAUUCACAAUGACAAUGAUGAUACUUUGUACUAUACUUACAUAAUAAUAAUAUAUAAAUACAUACUUACAUACAUAAAUAUAUUUAUUAUAUUACUAUUAUUACUGAUCAUACUUGUAACUUGAAAAGAUAAGAAUGCGAAAAGUGAAUAUUUUCCAAAAUGAAUUUCUUCGAAAUCGCCACAAUACCAAGCAAGAAAACAUUUUCUGAUAUGUUUUCCCGCCAUUAGGAUGUGAUUGUUUUUGGUAUGACAAAAAAAAAAAAAGAAACGAAAUGAAAUUUUAUUCAUGUAUGGAAAAGCCAACGGAACUACUUAAAUUAUAAUUUAAUUUCACUUUCAUAUAUAUACAUACUAUAUAUUUUUUUUUAUUAAUUUUAUAAAGCCUCUUUUUUGAAAAUCUACCAACACUACCAAGUAAUGUAAUAAUUUGGGAAUCCAUAUAAUAUUCAAAACCCAUUCAAUUCGAUUAAGUUGAUAUUGUUUGUAUAUUUACUUUUAAUAUGUUGUAUGUUAAGAGGAUUAUUUUCAUCUGGAAAACCUAAAAAUAUUUUUUGUAAAAAGAAAACCCUAAGAAUAUUUGCAAUUCUGUAAGUCCUCUGAAAGGAGGUCUUCGAUCAAGUAUUUUGUUGUAUUUGAAUCCUUAAAAAUUUUAUAUAUGGAAGGUCUAAUAUAAUGCUUCUAUUGCGCCAGGAAAACAUACACAUUUUUAGAGCCAUAAAAUUUAAAUACAAAAUUCCUAAACUCAGCAUUCGAAAUUUGAAUUUAUGUACAUUUGUUGCCACAUGAAAGAAAAAUGUAAAUCUUAAAUUUUUCUUUCCGAUUUUUAAAGCUAAAGAUAAGAAUACAUAAAAGGGUUUUUUGUCUGGCUUAGGUCAUCGACUGGCUCCUUCGGAAAAGAACAAAGGACCGUAAGGCAAAAAAUCGAACUAAGGGUGGAAAUACAUAAAGCCCUUAUCUGGCUGACUUAUAUCAUCGGCUGGUGUCUCCGUAGAUGAACAAAGGAGUUUUAGGUUGACUUAGUUUGAUUUUGGCCCCAGGCUUAUUUGUUCAUUUCUGAAGAAACCAACCAAUGACUUAUGUAUUCCCACAAUAAGUCAACUUAAGACUACUUUGUUUAAAGACUUAAAAGGACCAGACAAAAUGACUUCUGAGCAGAUGGUGUGUGUCUAUACUAUCUAGAAUAACAGCUCAUGACAGGGCCAUGUUAAUGUAACAACCACAUUUAUAGAAAACUGUAUACUUUAUACUUCUAUGUCUUUGUUUUGUUCCUCUACGAAGAAGCCAGCCGAAGACUUAGGCCAGUCAAAUGCCGUCUUAUUUAUUCUCACCUUAAGGGCUUUCUUGGCAUUAAACUAUAUAAUUAAAUAAAUAUAUUUGAAUAAUUGUCAAAAAUAUAUUUCUAAAGAUAUUUUUGACAAUUAUCCAUAACACUUUCACAUUUUGGCUCAAAUGUAUAUUUCGAUUAAAAAACAAAAACAUUUUUCUUUCUUUCAAAAAAAAAAAAAAAAAAAAAUUGAAACUUCCAAAAAUCAUAAUGCUGUCGCAUUAUUAAUAUUCUUUCAUUUUUUAUAUCUGUACACAUUUUUUAUUAAAAAUACACUUUCACCCACAUAAAGAGUAAAUAUACAACAAUGUCCAAAUACAGACAGUUCAUAUGAAUAUUAUAUAGAUUUCCCUUUGCAAUUACACCAAGAGAAAUGUUGAAAUCAUUUACUUUUAUACAUAGACUGGAAUAUGUAUUAAUUUGUUAUAUACCUUCCUUCUCCCUCCAUCUACUCCCCUCUCCCUUUCCUCUAAAACAAUAUUUUGAAAUCAAACCUUAACUAUAUAUCUAUCUUUUAUAAUUAAUGACCACUUGAAUGAAAAUACAACUGAAGUUAAACACUAAAAACAAAAAGGAAAUCCAAAAAUCAUUUUCACAACAAUAAAGAUUUUUCUUUACUCUUUUUUUUUUCUUUUAAAUUAUAUAUCAUGUAAAAAAUAAAAAAAAUUACCUAUUAUUAAUUAUAAUAAAUUUAAUUUAAGAUUGUUAUAAGUUUUUGGUUUAAAACGAAAAGAAAGAUAACAAAUCAUAAGAAGUAAUCAAUUUUUUUACAACUAGAUUGUGUAACACUGAAGUUAUAAUAUUUUUUUCUUUAAAAAAAGAAUGAAAACCUUGUUUUUUUUGUAAAUGUAUUCAAUACUAAUUUUAAGUCAGCUUUAGAAAUUUAAUAGAUUUUCCCAAAGUUUGUAAUAAAUAAUCUCGAUAUUUCACAAAAAAAAAAGAAGAAACGAAACACCUGAAAAAUGAA